AUGGCAAUUGCGCCUGCACAAAUUCCUACUAGCUUUGGCCAUGAGUUGAGGGCUUGUCUUCGUUGCCGCCUUGUCAAAACCUACGAUCAGUUCCGUGAGUCAGGCUGUGAGAACUGCCAAUUCUUUAAGAUGGAAGAAGAUCAUGAGCGUGUUGUUGAUUGCACUACUCCUAAUUUUAAUGGGAUCAUUUCAGUUAUGGAUCCAUCUCGCAGUUGGGCUGCCCGAUGGUUGCGCAUUGGAAAAUUUGUUCCUGGUGUUUAUACUCUUGCUGUCUCAGAGGCACUUCCAGAAGAGAUGCAGGCUAUAUGCGAGGAUGAGCGUGUGCAAUAUAUCCCUCCCAAACGUUUGUGA